AUGGUGGCCACCAAUGCUUUGCCAGAUACGGGCAACUUCGUGAAACCGGCCUCGAGGAUCGAGAAGCAGUUGGGCUUGGAAGACAAGGAGAACUGGAUCACCGCCGACGAACUGCAGCAGAUCUCAGCCUUGGCCGAUGACAUGACCAAGCAGCUGAACUCCUAUUCAGGACACCUGGAUCAUGCACAGAGUGGCCUGGCACAGAAGGCGCAGAGUCAAGAGGCCGCCAUGCGUGAGUUGGUGGAGACAAGACAGCGACAGGAGGCCUUUAUGCAGCAGACGUUGGGGCAUGGUGACUUUCAUCCCGAACAGUAUAUGGCACAGGCCGCACAACAAGGAUAUCACGGAUACCAGGGAUAUCCUCAAGGCCCACCAGCUAUGUAUGGCAUGAACCCGCAACAGAUGCCGCAAGAUCGACAGGAGAGGAAGAGUGGAACUGGACCGAUGGCGAGUGUGAGUCUUGCAGGUCUCGCCCUGCGCGCCAUGCUGUGGCUUCAGUAG